AUGCUACCAAUUGCCAGACACUCUGUAUUGCGGGCUGCCCGUUCGCAGAUUUAUCCCACUCGUGCGCUGAAUCAGUCAGCGUUGGCUCGUCUCCUCUCGACCCUCGCAGUCCUCGAGCAGCGUGAUGGCAAGCUGCAGAGCUCUUCCCUUUCUGCAAUUGCUGCAGCACAGAAGCUGGGUGGGCCAGUGACGGCCUUCUUGGCUGGCACUGGCAUUAAAGGUACCUCCGCCACCGAGGCUGCUAAGAUCAAGGGUCUUGACAAGAUUGUUGCGGUGGAGAAUGACGCCUAUGAGAAGGGCCUCCCGGAGAACUUUGCCCCUCUUCUCGUCGAAAACAUCAAGAAGGGUGAAUACACUCACAUUGUUGCUGGACACUCGGCCUUUGGCAAGAACGUGCUGCCCCGCGUGGCUGCUCUUUUGGAUGUCCAGCAGGUCUCAGAUAUCACCGGAAUCGAGAGUGAAGAUACCUUCGUCCGUCCCAUCUAUGCCGGAAACGCUAUCCUGACCGUGCAGUCGAGCGAUAAUAUCAAGGUGAUUACCGUGCGAGGUACCGCUUUCCAGGGCGUCGAGACUGAAGGCGGUUCCGCUGAGAUUGUGGAUGGAGUUGACUCGAACGCCCCCGGGCUGACUGAGUGGGUGUCUGAGGAGCUGGCCAAGUCUGAGCGCCCCGAUCUCUCCACCGCAACCCGCGUUGUGUCUGGUGGCCGUGGUCUCAAGUCUAAGGAGGAGUUUGAUCGCAUCAUGCUUCCGUUGGCUGACUCGCUGGGCGCUGCUAUCGGUGCUUCCCGUGCUGCCGUGGACAGCGGAUUCGCUGACAACAGCCUGCAAGUUGGUCAGACCGGCAAGAAUGUUGCUCCUCAGCUUUACCUCUGCGCUGGUAUUUCCGGUGCCAUCCAACACUUGGCUGGUAUGAAGGACAGCAAGGUCAUUGCCGCCAUCAACAAGGAUCCCGAGGCCCCCAUCUUCCAGGUUGCUGAUGUUGGUUUGGUGGGUGACCUUUUCGAUAAGGUGCCCGAAUUGACUGAGAAGUUGAAGAGCGCCUAG